UUUUUCCCACCUCUGUUUCCACUCCUGUCUCCGCCCUCCCACGUCCCUGACUCUCCCCACUCCGGCAAGCUCCGGUCUCUACCCUCUCUGCCCCUCCCCAGACAAGUGUCCGACUCCACGGGGGCAGCCGGCCCGCCGCCGGCCGCCGGGCUCAAUCUCUGCCCACCUACUGUGAGGAGCAGCUCCGCCCACCUGUCCAUAAAAGCCAAGUGCAAGUUACCCGCACAGCGCAGAGGUCCAGAGCCCUUCCUCGGUCCUCUCCGUGGGAGCCCGAAUCCCUGUCUCCCAGAUCUUAGGAGCUCAAGAAGCUGUUCUGGAAAUAAAGAAAAUCCUGUGACGAGACAGGCCCCAGGCCCGCGGUGCUACAACAAGAGGCAAAGAGGAAUACUCGUCCUCCAUUCCCCUGGCCAGCCAAGUCUAAAUGUGAUGGCUGUGCCACCCAGGCCUCAACAGCUGCUGGGAGUGCUGCUCACCAUCAUCUCACUGAGCUCCGUCAGGCUCGCUCAGGCUGGUGCCUACUAUGGAAUCAAGCCGCUGCCACCUCAAAUUCCUCCUCAGAUACCACCGCAAAUUCCACAAUACCAGCCCCUGGGCCAGCAAGUACCUCACAUGCCAUUGGGCAAAGAUGGCCUUUCCAUGGGCAAGGAGAUGCCUCACAUGCAGUAUGGCAAAGAGUACCCACACCUACCCCAAUAUAUGAAGGAAAUCCAACCUGUGCCAAGAAUGGGCAAGGAGGUGGUACCCAAGAAAGGCAAAGGAGAAAUACCUUUAGCCAGUUUGCGAGGAGAACAAGGUCCCCGUGGAGAACCUGGACCAAGAGGACCACCUGGGCCACCAGGUUUGCCAGGUCAUGGAAUGCCUGGAAUCAAAGGAAAACCAGGGCCACAGGGAUAUCCAGGAAUUGGAAAGCCGGGUAUGCCUGGGAUGCCUGGAAAGCCAGGAGCCAUGGGAAUGCCUGGAGCCAAAGGUGAAAUUGGACCCAAAGGGGAAGUCGGGCCUAUGGGAAUCCCAGGACCACAAGGACCUCCAGGACCUCAUGGACUUCCUGGCAUCGGGAAACCGGGUGGGCCAGGGUUACCAGGGCAACCAGGAGCAAAAGGUGAAAGAGGGCCCAAAGGACCACCCGGACCUCCGGGUCUUCAGGGUCCCAAAGGAGAGAAGGGCUUCGGGAUGCCAGGCUUGCCGGGUCUGAAGGGUCCUCCAGGUAUGCAUGGCCCUCCUGGCCCAGUUGGGCUGCCAGGAGUCGGAAAACCAGGUGUAACAGGCUUUCCUGGACCCCAGGGUCCCCUGGGGAAGCCAGGCCCUCCAGGGGAACCUGGACCACAAGGUCUUAUUGGUGUGCCAGGAGUUCAAGGACCUCCCGGGAUGCCUGGAGUUGGAAAACCGGGCCAGGAUGGAAUCCCUGGCCAGCCAGGAUUUCCAGGUGGUAAAGGGGAGCAAGGACUGCCAGGGUUGCCUGGACCCCCAGGCCUCCCAGGGGUUGGAAAGCCAGGCUUCCCAGGACCCAAAGGGGACCGGGGCAUUGGGGGUGUUCCUGGGGCUCUUGGACCAAGAGGGGAAAAAGGACCAGCAGGUGCUCCUGGAGUGGGAGGUCCUCCUGGAGAACCAGGCCUACCUGGAAUGCCAGGGCCCAUGGGCCCACCAGGUGCUAUUGGUUUCCCUGGGCCCAAAGGAGAAGGUGGGGUGGCAGGACCACAGGGUCCACCAGGUCCUAAGGGUGAGCCAGGCCUCCAAGGCUUCCCUGGAAAGCCAGGUUUUCUUGGUGAAGUAGGUCCCCCUGGCAUGAGGGGUUUGCCUGGUCCUAUUGGACCCAAGGGAGAAGCUGGUCACAAAGGGUUGCCAGGGCUUCCUGGAGUUCCGGGGCUGCUUGGACCCAAGGGAGAACCAGGCAUACCCGGGGAUCAGGGUCUACAGGGACCCCCAGGCAUUCCAGGGAUUGUAGGACCUAGUGGCCCUAUUGGACCACCUGGGAUUCCAGGCCCCAAAGGAGAACCAGGCCUCCCAGGUCCCCCUGGAUUUCCAGGUGUAGGGAAGCCAGGAGUGGCAGGCCUUCACGGUCCCCCGGGGAAACCUGGUGCCCUUGGGCCUCAGGGCCAGCCUGGUCUUCCUGGGCCCCCAGGCCCUCCAGGGCCCCCAGGACCCCCAGCUGUGAUGCCCCCUACACCACCGCCCCAGGGAGAAUACCUGCCAGACAUGGGACUAGGAAUUGAUGGAGUGAAACCUCCGCAUGCCUAUGCGGGCAAGAAGGGCAAGAACGGUGGGCCAGCCUAUGAGAUGCCAGCGUUUACUGCAGAGCUGACUGCCCCUUUCCCACCGGUGGGGGCCCCAAUAAAGUUUGACAAGCUGCUCUACAACGGCAGACAGAACUACAACCCACAGACGGGCAUCUUCACCUGUGAAGUCCCGGGUGUCUACUACUUUGCUUACCAUGUUCACUGCAAGGGAGGCAACGUGUGGGUUGCGCUCUUCAAGAACAACGAACCCGUGAUGUACACUUACGACGAGUACAAGAAGGGUUUUCUGGACCAGGCUUCUGGGAGUGCAGUCCUGCUCCUCCGACCUGGAGACCGGGUGUUCCUACAAAUGCCCUCAGAACAGGCGGCCGGACUGUACGCCGGGCAAUAUGUCCACUCCUCCUUUUCAGGAUAUUUAUUGUAUCCCAUGUAAAAAAAAAUGAAAAAGAAAAAAAGAAAGAAAAAGAGAGAUUUAAUAGAAGAAAAGAAAAUGACACAUCAAAAAAUCCAAUUAUAAACAAUGCUUCAAAACACUUAAAUAGUUGGAAAGUUGUUUUUAAGUGAAAGUUUAGACCAUCAUGUACAAAUAAAAACUAAGAUGCAUGUUUAAUACUGUGCACAGCAGAUUGUAACAGAAUGAUGGGACAGAUUUAUGGAUCAAGUACAGACAUGUGUGUUGUGCCCACUGGACACACAUUAGCUGUUGCACGUUAUAUGAUGAUUUCAUAGCCUACUUAUUCAAAUCAGUCAAAAUAUGUCAGUCUGGAUGAUCAUAGCUAAUGAAAGUCACUCCUUCCUUGUGCUCCCUUGAAAAAGUAUUUUUGAAUAUGCCUUGAGAGGUUCCCGGUGACAGCUACAUACAGUAUUUAUUUGCAUAAUUUCCUCUCUAUUUGUGCAGAUGCUUUGCUGUGGGAUGUGGGAGAGUUGUUCUGUAGUGCCAAGACCAUGGUAAUCUCUAGUCCAAAGGCGAUUUCUCCAUGUCAGAGGCUGUGCGUUUAGCUGCAGGACUACUUAGUCAGAACUGUGCGUUAGUGGUCUCCCCAGAGGAGCAGGUGUGUCGACGGCCCAUUGCAUAUUUGCUCAGCACUCUCUUUGUCGAGAACUGGGUGAGGGUCUAGUGUGUGAUAUAACGCAGAGUGCUCAGGGUUCGUAAUUUAGCUGAGAGACGUUAAUGCAUUAGCUCACCUAAAGAGCUUCAGUUUGGCAUUUUUCUGGAACCCAAUUUUCUUUUUCUUUUCUUUUUUCUUCUUCUUCCUUCCCAUAAUUUAUACUAUAGCCUAAACAAUAUAAACAUAUUUUUAAAAAGUCUUCCUCAAAUAACUUUGCCACUUUGUGAACUUUUAUUAUUAAAAGCAACUAUCAGUUAUGUUUACAUGUGUUUAAAAAAAAUCCCCCUAAUUUGCCCAUACAACCAAUGGUAGUAAGGUUUCCAUUUGUCCAUACGUGUUUUAGUAGCUGUGUUUUUUCCAAGUAACUAUGAAUUUUAAAAAUAUGAUUUAUAUUAUGAGGUUCCAAAGUCAUUUGCCAAAAUCCAAGCCAUUUUUUUUUAAUUGGGGGGGAAAAAAACGUUCAGAAUUAUAUGCAAAAAUAAUUAAUUUUAAAAGAGUAAUUAAAAGAUUUGAUAUUUAAUAGCAGAUGUGUUGUUUCCAGCUAUAGUAACUAAAAUUGUAGGGAAAUGACCGUUUCUUUAACAUCAGCCUUUGGAAGAGGUGGCUGGAAUGUCACAAAGCUCUGGGAGCCCAUGCCUAUGACGUCACCACACACUCAGCAGCACAGCCGAAACAGGUUUGAAAGGAGAAAGAAAUGUUUCAGAGUCUCACUAAGGCACAGACUAGAUCCUUUGGGCACUGCUCCAAACACAAGCAGUUGAAAGUUUCCUCUUCAUUUGCUGUUAGGUAUUUGGGGAAAUAACGUGGGGCUGCAACGAUGAUCUCAUCUCCUCUCCUCAGAAUUUGAGAGUCAGGAAUUGAAGAGAUAGACAUAGAUUGGAAAAGACACAAAUAAAUACAGUAUAAAACUUGGGCUAUUCCAAAUCUGAAUUAUUUUACCACCACAAAUUUUCUUAUCCUGGCUUAAUCUUCGUCUUUUCCUUUUUAUGAUACACAGGCUCCAUUUUUCUCAAAUUUUAAGACAAAUGAGUUCAUUAGCACAAGGUUUCUCAUUCACGGUUCAUUGUACAAAGCACUUUCUCAUCUGAAAGGAGUCCUACCUAGCCUUCACUUGCAAAGUAAGCAGCAUUUCUGUGGAUAGCUGUCCUUUGGGUUGCUCCUGAGGACACUGGCUUGUAGUGAGUGACUGACUGGAAGUCACAGGGGUCCCUGGGAUCUCUGUUAAAUGCUACAUUAAAAUGAUUUGACGGACAGAUGGGCCAGCCGCAUCAUAAAGUUGCUCUUAUCUGUACAUGUAUGGUAUUUUAGUCUCCACAAAGAAAGGUAGAAAUUAUCUCUUAAGUUAAACCAAAUUUCACUUUUUGAGAUAUUUUCCAACUUAUUUAUUGGUUGUUACUCAAUUGCCUAUAUGUGUGUGUGCAUGUGUGUGUGUGUGUGUGUGUGCAUGUGUGUGUUAUCAUAUAUCAGGCAUAUGCUUCUAAACUUUUAAAUGGAGGAGGAGCAAAAUCUAUGCCGGAUACUGUAUAUUCUACCAUGGUGCUAAUAUCAGAGCUAAAUGAUACUCCAUUUAAUUUAAAGAAGAGUUUUAAGUAAUUAUCUAUGUCCCCGCGUUUCCCUUUGGAGUGCUGUACAUCAUGUUAACACAUUAGUGUGAAAGCAGGUGAAACAACUAUAUGUUCUACAGCCUAGGGACACUAAUGAUCCCUAUUUAAGUCAAAAUUAACUAGAGCUUUUCCAUGUGAAAUAGACCAAACUGGCAUUGUUCUUAUUUAAACACAGAGUUUUAAAGUAGUAUGACAUCCCACAGGGGAAAAGAAUGUCUGUAGAGGAUAAUUGUCCUCGGAUAUUUUACAGAAACAAAGAGUGAUGAAAAGACUGGUAACUUGUUUGGGUUUCCAUGAAUAGAUUUGAGACUUAAUGGCAAAUCAAUUUUGUAUUUAAAUUUUUGUACUGAUUUGAAAAACAGAUCAUUAAAUAUCUUUAAAAGUA